AAACUUGCCAUUCUAAAUCAGAUCACAACAUUCAACAUCCAAUGGCUGCAGUGUUCUGGGCAUUGGCUUUAGUAACCCUCUGCUUCCAGCUACCUUCCAAUGCCCAAGGACCAGCAGCCGCGCCGGCAAAGUUGCCGCCUACAACCCCAGCUGCAACACCCCCAUCUUCUGGCACACCACCUGUGGUAACACAACCGCCAACAGUGGCGGCAUCCCCUCCCACCCCCACAACUACACCACCAACUACUUCCCAACCACCUGCAAAUGUAGCUCCCAAACCUGCUCCUGUGACACCACCAGCUCCCAAAGUUGCACCAGCUUCAAGCCCAAAAGCCCCACCACCCCAAAUUCCACCACCACAGCCACCAAAAACUUCACCAGUCUCAGCUCCCACAUCGCCUCCCCCGCUACCACCACCACCUGUUGCUUCACCACCACCAUUACCACCACCAAAGGCAGCCCCAACCCCAGCCCAAACACCUCCAACUCCUGCACCAGUAAAGGCUGCACCAGCACCAGCACCUACAAAGCCAGCACCAACACCAUCUCCUAUUCCUUCACCACCAACACAGGCACCAGCACCAGUAGUAGAGGUACCAGCACCAGCACCUUCAUCCCAUAAGCACAGAAGGCACAGGCACAGGCACAGAAGACAUCAAGCACCAGCUCCAGCACCAACAGUUAUUCGCAAAAGUCCCCCAGCACCACCUGAUGCCACAGCAGAAUCAGACACAACACCAGCACCAUCACCAAGUCUGAAUUUGAAUGCUGCUCCACCAAGCCACCAGCAAGGGAGAAAUAUAUGGGCAACAGCUGGACUUGCUAUUGCUGUUUUGCUUGCAGUCAGUGGCUACAGCUGCUAGCAGUCUCAUGGCGACCCUGGAUUCGCUUUGAUGAGUUAUUUGGUUUGCAAAAUAUAAAAUCAUUUAAUGUGUAUAGAUCUGAAUAAUGGGAAUCUAUACCUAUGAUUCUUUCCUUUUUUUGUUGUGUUCUUUUGCUCAGAAAUAUUAAUGGAUAUGAAUUUUUGAAUUGUGGAAAUAACCAGGAAAUGUCACACAUAAUGUCUAGUUUUGUAAGUUAUUGUUACAUCAAACUUGAUCAAUUUCUGCGUCAA